CAAGCUUUAACCCUAACACUGUAUUUCCAGAUCCGCGAUCUUUUUUUUGGAGUUCACCCCGCAGUUCGCUCGAUACACACUGCCACCGAUCGAACUGACCAAAGAAAAGCGCUUGACCAUGGAAGCGGCCUUGAAUAUCCUGCGCAAGACGCCUCCGUCCGAGUUGGAGACGACAUUAAAGGCAUUAGAGUCUUUGGCUGGUACUCAUGAUGCCGAGACGAUUGAAGCCGUCCGACAACGGCUGCAGCUACCGUUUGGGGUAGACGAUGAGGGAGAAAAGGGCGAAAAGCCAUUCCUCAAGUGUCCCUACAACAAGAUCAAGGAAGGCGUCUAUCGGUCUCCGUGGACCAAUGUCUGUUGGCCUGGAAAUAUUGCGCUUGAAUUAUCCGAAAAGGAAGAAGAAAUCCGUAACAUGGAAGAAUGCGCCAACGAAGUGUGGGAAGCUUACGCGCACUUGUACUACGGCAUGACGGCCAUCGGAUCUGUCUACCUACAAAAGGUCGACAAAGGAACCUAUCAAGGAAUGUUUGGAAUUCACAAAACUGGCAGUACUGGUUCUUGGGACUCUGCUCACUUGGUCGUCGUGGAUCUACCCAAUUCGGACUGUACCGAAUGUACCUACCAUGUACAAUCUACCGUCGUGAUUGCUCUCCACACUAGCGCCAGCGAGUACGCGGACACCAACAAGGUCAAGAUUAGUGCUUCAGUGUCACGAAAUACUACCCAAACACUCAAAAUUAACUCGGUUUUCUUGGAUUCCAAUCAUCUCGAAAAUAUUGGGACCAUCAUUGAAGACGUCGAAAUUGACAUUCGAUCCAGUUUCGAACGAGUGCACAUCCCCCGAACCAAAGAAAUGAUUGAUUCCAUCCAGAAGGAAACCGUCAAUCGAGGCACGCAAAACAUGGCCAUGCACAAUAUCAUGAUGGAAUCAGAUGCCUUCAAAAAGAGAAAGGAAAAGGCAGAAUCGGAAGAAUAAAAUUGAUUCGUUGAUUCAAGGAUGCUUUUGUUUGUUUGUUUGUUUGAUUGUGCUUCACACCUACUUUAUAAAUAAUGUAGAGGAUCGGUUGAAUUGGAUCGCGUCCAGGUUCUUGUUGUGUUCCGUACACAUCGCACUUUCAUUCAAUGACAAUGGAAUCAACGGAGAGGAACACAAAAUCUUCGCCAUCAACGUCUGCGUUUUUGCGCGGACCGUCUCUCGUGUUGUCGCUUGGCAAGUAUGUAAACAUGUAUGUAUUCGCCAUAAGGAGUACAUAGUCAUCGAUAGGUCAGAUUUAUCUUAGUGGUAUGAAUGGGGCAGGUGUAUAGAUUGGGGACAGGGGGCGGGGAGACGAUGAAG